CUUUCAGCAAACAACAAACAAAGAUGGCAGUAGGAGGAAUCCCGAUAUGCGUGCAGUGUGGAACAAAGAGCAACCCGUGCCGGUGCAAGGUGGUGGGGCCCACGGUGGGGUUCUUGGCCUUUGCAGCGGCGGCGAUAGUGGAGUGGCCUGUGGGAGCGGUGGUUUACUUAUUCCGCCACAUGAAAGGCCGCCGUAUUAUGGCUCACCCUGCCACCGUUGUCUACCCCACCGUCAAUAGAGCUAUUCCUAUUUAAGGAUUUAAAUGCGUCUUUAUGUAUGUUAAAAUAAAAGGCGGUGUGUUUUCUUUGGAAUGGUUGCGGAUUGGUCUGUCUUCUUUGGAAUGGUUGCGGAUUGGUCACCAGCAUAGUCUAUGUUUACGAGUGUGGGUGGCCAUUGGUUUAUCCGGGUGAUCGAACUUUUGAUGUCGGUUCAAAAAAUAUAUAACAUGUUGUUGUUUGAUUAUGUUUGUUAUUUAAUCUUCAUUUACGCAUAACGUAUAUCUAAAUAAAAAGUUGUUCUUCACCAAGAAACUUUUGAAGAAAAUUUGUUGGUUGGCUAAUUAA